UGGGGCCUGGAGUCAUGGGUACCGUCUUUCCACCCAUCCCUUCCCUUGACGUGUGGUUCCUGUCCUAUGGCAUUAGGGGCCGUGAGGCUUCACUGGUCCCCCUUUAGACUGAGGUGGCACUCCAUCCUCACUGCCUGAGACUGGUACUCUACUCCCCCUUCUACUCAGCCUGUCUCUUACUCAGCUGUGGCCUCCUGUUUCCCUCCAUCCUUGGGAAUGGGAGCUGAGCAAAUGGCCCAGGCUGCUUCUAUGGUUUUCCUCUGGUCUUGAUGGCUUAGGUGGAAUGUAGUUCCUCUAACUACACCUCCACCCAUCCCCCCAACAGACUGAGAAACCCUAACUCUUGGGGCUCCUGGAUUCUCGGAGUUUCCACUGCAUUCUGCAGCCUGGGGGGUGGAGGGUGGAGGGUGGGUGGAGUUGCUCCGAAGAGGUGUGGACAUGCCAGCUUUAGCCUCCUGCCUCUGAUCCAGCGGUCUAUCUUUAUUCCUGAUGGGUCCUCCAAACCUGAUCCAUCUCCCUACCUGUCGUCACCAGCUUCCCCUCUGAUCACAGAAUCACAAACCUCAGACUACAGCACUUAACCCCAAGUGAAUGCACUGGUCCUUUUGCCCCAGAGGUUCUGGCACAACAUUCAGGGAGUAUAGCUUUAGGAUUUUGUCUGAUUCUGAUUGUGUUCCUGCCAAGCCCCAGCCCCUGCGCUCCUGGUACCAGUGUUGGAGAACUACUUCCUGGCUAUGGGUCAGCUCUCAGUUGGCUGGGAGUUUUGUACACCAGCCAGACAGGGAAGUUGCUAUUUCCUGUGGUGGGAUUUUUGGGUCCCAGGCUGCUAUACUGAGCCCUGGAGGUCGAAGAAGCUCUUCAGGGCUCAAGAGCCAGGUAGGGAGUAUAGACUUAGCAGUGGACCCACACGUGGCUGUGGCCGUGUGUGAAGGUGGGUAUUCAGUGAUAUAGCUGACCUCGGGGGGCAAGGAAUGGGGAGACUGACAGAGACUAAGAUGUCAGUGAGCAGGUGUGGCAUUGAGCGUGAAAUGGUCAGGGAUUCGUUUUGGGGUUCCCAGUAUCAAUGAAUACUGUCUCUUUGGACCCUGUUCUGGAGAGAGUAAAGGCCCAAUAGAAAGUCAGCUGUGAAGGCUGGCAGGCGCACCACGCCCUGACCCUAAGACAGACAGUGCUGACUCUGAUCGGUCUUGCCCCUUAGGUGGCCUUAGUGGGGUAGGUGGGCAGAAGAGCACUCUAAGAGUGUGGGGAGGGCGCCUGGGAAUUCUAAGGUAAACACUGGUCAAGGGGCAGAGCAGCCUGUUUGGGAUUGGGAUUCUGAUUCCUAGUUAGAGUGAAAGUGAAAGUGAAAUCGUGGCUGGGAGCUUUCCCAGAAGCUGACUGCAGCCUGCCCUUCACAGAAGGAGGACUGGCUGCUGAGAGCUUUGCUUCCCAGGUAAGUUUCCUGCCUUCUCCUUCACGGGUGAGACUGGGUUGGGGCUGUGUAAGUGCUCUGUGGAGCUGGUAUGAGAGGAAUUGUUAACUAGGUAACAGGGGCAGCGUCUUCAGUGCCCAGAGCCCGGCUUGUGGCUAGAGGGCUGCCCUCAACUUCCAGAGGCUCAAGUGGAUGGAUGUCGGCGACCCUGCCUGAAGGAGGGAUCCGGUGUGGGGCGGGCUGGCCUUUACUCGCCUUUUUCCAGAGGAAGUCGCAGGUAGCAGACUUGCUUGCUCCUGACACUCAUCAUGACCAUGAGACACUGCUGGACAGCAGGUGGGACAUGGGGCCUUGUGGGGUCGUUCUGAAAGAAUGGCACUUGUGCAGCUAACUUGGCCAUCAACCCUGAGUUCUGUCCAACCCUUACUGCUCUGAGCUUCUCUAUAGCCUCACUGGCUCUGCCUCCGUAUCAAGGCUCCUUUGCCCAUUCAGCAGGGCUGAGGUGGGAGCUGAGGGGUCUCAAUCCCCUCUGAUUUCCUGGGCAGAGCCUGGGAAUAUCUGGAGUCUGUCCCAACCCAAGUAGCAGCUUGUCUCUAACCAAAAUAGGUGCUAGGAUGCUGAGCUUUAAAUUUGUAACUAUCUGUUCUUCAGACCCCAAUCCUUGGUGGGUCCUGCUUCUGUAUGUCCCUGUCGUCAUCCUGGCCAGAGCCACAUCUGCACCUCAGACAACUGCCAGUGUCUUAAUUGGGAGCUCAAAGGACCCAUGCUCUUCCUGGUCUCCAGCAGUUCCAGCUAAGCGGUACCCAGCCUUGGACGUGACCUGGCCAAAGGAAGAAGUGCCACUGAAUGGAUCGCUGACCUUGUCCUGUACUGCCUGCAGCCGCUUCCCCUAUUUCAGCAUCCUCUACUGGCUGGGCAACGGUUCUUUCAUUGAGCACCUCCCAGGCCGACUGAGGGAGGGCCACACAAGUCGGGAGCACAGGAAUACGAGCACCUGGCUGCAGCGGGCCUUGGUUCUGGAGGAGCUGAGCCCCACCCUACGAAGUACCAACUUCUCCUGUUUGUUUGUGGACCCUGGACAGGUGGCUCAGUAUCACAUCGUUCUGUCCCAGCUCUGGGAUAGGUUGAAGAUAGUUCCCUCCCCUUCUCAAGAAGCCCUCUCCAGUCACAGCCCAGGACCCUUGUCGGCAGGGCCAGGGGGUGGUCUGGAGCCUCUGAGACCUAAUGGUGCCUUGGCCGAGCAACAGGAGCUCCGCUUGCACUCACCAUGACUCUCAGAAGCCUGGCAGGUUUCCAACUUCGGCAGCAUCCACACUUAGCGCCGACCACAACCUGCACUGGUUUCAUUCCUUACGGACGGAUGGUUUUAGGUUUCUUGUUUGACCCAGUGCCCCGCAUCAAGGGAUGGGACCAUGGCUGCUUCAGAUCACACUUUUAUCAAUCUCAGCAGAGUCUGUCAUGAAUAAAGCUACAGCAUUUCAA